GAAUCAUUACAUAGAAGCAGCCAACAGGGGGCGUCUCUCUGAUUGACCUCACCUGUCACCUGUUGUUGUCUGUGUGUUGGUUUAGCUAGCUGUCAUCAUCUCCAUCAUCAUCAUGGACACUUUGAGGAGUAAAAUAAGUCGAAGUGGACAUUUAACAGUCUCAUGUUUCUCUGUGAGUUUCUCUUCUUUAUGGAUUUAACCGUUUGGUGAAGAUUAAAGUUCAUAACUUCAUUCUACCAUCAUGAUUCUCUGUAGGCAACAAGCUCCUGCAAUUCCCCCCGGGAAAGGAGCAACGCCGCCUCCACCUCGACCUCGACCUCCACCGCCACCUCCACUGCCAUCACAUGCACGUCCUGCAGGGUUCGUUAGGAGUGUUUCAGCAGGAGGCCCUAAAUGAUCCGCCGUCCGUCUCCAUGCAAACUCACCAUGAGCUCCACCUGAGCUAGAGGAACGCCACCAGCUUCCCCCCCCCUUUCCCGCCUCCCCCUCGCCCUGCUGGAUUCACUUUGACGCUCGUACUUUUGGGAACUCUUCUUCCACGAUGCUGUGGGAAUUUGGUCUGCUGUUCGUCCUCGCUUCGCAAGCUGCUGGAAUUAAAGCGGGCAGCGUCAGGCUGACAGACUCGGCGCUGCAACCGGAGGCCGGCAGCGGCGGCGGCGGAUUACGUUUGGUGGAGCUGCUGAAGACGUCCUCACAAACAGAAGGUUCGGGGUUCGAAGUGGGCCGACGUCGACCCAAGAGGUCGGUGUUUUUACACGGAGUGAGGAUCUGCCCCCAAGAGACCUUCAAUGAAGUGCUCGCCAGCCACCAGGCGUACUACCAGCUCAGAGUUUGUCAGGAGGCUGUGUGGGAGGCGUUCAGGAUCUUCUUUGACAGGAUCCCCGGGACGACGGAGUACCAGAAAUGGGUUCACACGUGUCAACACGAGUCGCUCUGCAUCUCCGACCUCGCCAAAAACUUCAGCAGAUCCGAGGAGCACACGAGCAUGAUUCACCGGAAGAUGAGCCGGAUGAGAGACCGGAGGCCUCCAUCACGAGUGGUGGUGACUCCUGCACCGAAGAUCCCUGAGAAAACAGAGAUUGUGACCGUCGCCCCGUCUGCGGCUCCGUCAGCUGCCCCAUCUUUGGCCCCGUCUGCUGCCCCGUCUGCGGCUCCGGCCCCGUCUACGGCCCCUUCUGCGGCUCCGUCUGCGGCUCCGUCUGCGGCCCCGUCUGCGGCCCCGUCUGCGGCCCCGUCUGCGGCCCCGUCUGCGGCCCCGUCUGCGGCUCCGGCCCCGUCUGAGGCUCCGUCUGCGGCCCCGGUGAUUACCACCACCACCACCGCCACCACCGCCCUCCUCAGCCCCGUGAGUGCCUCUCCAAGCCCCGGCCCGGAGCAGACCCAGACAGCCGAGGAAGUCGAGGAGGACUCGGAGCUUCCCAACGUGGUCCCAGAGAGUCCGGUGGAGCAGAUCGUGGAGUUCAGCAUCGACCUGGUGGAUCCGGGUUACAGAGAGCUGCUGGACGACCCAGACUCCCCUCAGUACGUCGACCUGGCUCACCACCUGCAGGACCAGAUGCAGCACGCGUUUGACAAACUCUCUGGGUUUAAAGCCAUCCAUGUGCUGGGAAUCAGCGAGAUGCAGGACACUGACGGGCCCGGAGGAAUCUCAGUUCACUACUCUCUCAUCUUUGAGAUUAAUUCACCUAAAAUCAACUCUGGGAAUUCAGAGACGUCGACCGCUCCCACGGAGUCGUCAGUCAACCCCGGCCUCAGGGAAAUGGUGACCAAGGCUCUACGCGAGGAGGCUUCGCUGCCAAUCGAUCUGGACUCACUUAACUUCGAACCAGAUGCAGUCGUCCUACCAGCACUGACUGCAACCUCUACGGUAGAAGUAGUGAAUGAGUCCAGUGAGCCCGAUUCACACAACGAGUUUGAAGUGUUCACGGAUGAGCCAGAAGUUGAUAAACCUCGGCUGGUGGUUCCCCUCACCCCCAUGGAGAAGGAAAACGCCCUCGUGACCCUUCUAGAUCCCACGGCUGUCCCAGAUGAUGAGGCGACGGCAGUGACUGGUCGGAUGGUGGAGAGCAGCGAUCAUUCCCCGGCCUCGGAGGAUAUUACCGAGGAGUCAGAGGCAAUUUAUGUGAGUGAGCUCGAGCCAUCAAAGGAAGAGGAGGAGGAAGAAGAAGAAUUGCCGAUCAUUACACAUGAGAUUGAAACCAUUCAUCACGACGAAACCGGUGAACUUGUGAGAGACUACAUGCCGACCCCUCCUGUGAUUCUCGAGCUGGAGACGGAUGCUCCAUAUAUCAGUUUGUCUCCCAACCUGAUAUCAGAGGAAGACUUAACUCCCGUUGAUGAAGACACUGGGAAUCCUAGUUUGGAUGUUGUUACUCCCCCCUCACAGAUAUUAUUAACUACAGCUUCUGUCACGUCGAUCACGACACUUCCAGGUAUCACGGGCCAGCCGCCCACUGAGCCGAUAGUAAACCUGCAAGAAGACGAAGAAGUUAACGCUCUUCCAGAUGAGGAAGAGGAUGAAUUGGGUGUUUCUGAACCUUACGACCCUGAUUUUGACACCAAAGUUGAAUUGUUAGAUCCAGAAGGAGAAUUAGUGGUGGAACAUGAUGAAGAAAUGCUUGAGGCUUUCCAGCCGACACCUGAACAAAUUGAAGUUUAUGAACCAGAGGAAGGGAAUUUAGAAGUGUCAGAACCUGAGAUAGAAAAAGUUUCAGAGCCAGAUGAAGAAGUAGCUGAAGAGGAAGAUGUAGCUGAAGUUUCAGAGCCAGAGGAAGAGUUGUUUGUCGAAAAUCAAGACGAGGUAGAAGCUUCAGAACCAGAAGAAAUGGAGAAGGAGCUUGGUGAGGGUUCAGAAUCAGUUGAGGUAUCAGAGCCAGGAGAAUCAGUACCAGAGGCAGAAACAGACGAUAGCGCAGAUGAGGUGUUGAACGAAGGAGGAGUGGAAGUUUUGCAACCAGAAAAGGAAAUAGUUGAAGUUCCAGAAGUAAACAGGGAACCAGAAAAAGGUAUAUUUGAGGUGUUAUAUCCAGAUCAAGAACCUGAGAAUGAUGAUGAGGUUUCUGAUCGAGAAGAAGUGGUGGUUGCACCUGCAGGAUCAGAAGAAAUAGUACCUGAAGUUCCAGAAGAAACAGUACCUGAAGUUCCAGAGGAAACAGUACCUGAAGUUCCAGAAGAAACAGUAUCUGAAGUUCCAGAAGAAACAGUACUUGAAGUUCCAGAGGAAACAGUACCUGAAGUUCCAGAAGAAACAGUACCUGUAGUUCCGGAGGAAACAGUACCUGAAGUUCCAGAGGAAACAGUACCUGAAGUUUCAGAGGAAACAGUACCUGAAGUUCCAGAAGAAACAGUACCUGAAGUUUCAGAGGAAACAGUACCUGAAGUUUCAGAGGAAACAGUACCUGAAGUUCCAGAAGAAAUAGUACCUGAAGUUCCAGAGGAAACAGUACCUGAAGUUUCAGAGGAAACAGUACCUGAAGUUCCAGAAGAAACAGUACCUGAAGUUCCAGAGGAAACAGUACCUGUAGUUCCAGAAGAAACAGUACCUGUAGUUCCAGAAGAAACAGUACCUGUAGUUCCCGAGGAAACAGUACCUGUAGUUCCCGAGGAAACAGUACCUGAAGUUCCAGAAGAAACAGUACCUGUAGUUCCCGAGGAAACAGUACCUGUAGUUCCCGAGGAAACAGUACCUGUAGUUCCGGAAGAAACAGUACCUGUAGUUCCCGAGGAAACAGUACCUGAAGUUCCAGAAGAAACGAUACCUAAAGUCCCCGAGGAAACAGUACCUAAAGUUCCAGAAGAAACAGUACCUGUAGUUCCCGAAGAAACAGUACCUGUGGUUCCAGAAGAAACAGUACCUGAAGUUCCAGAAGAAAUAGUACCUGAAGUUCCAGAGGAAACAGUACCUGAAGUUCCAGAAGAAACAGUACUUGUAGUUCCCGAGGAAACAGUACCUGUAGUUCCAGAAGAAACGAUACCUAAAGUCCCCGAGGAAACAGUACCUAAAGUUCCAGAGGGAUCAGUCCCUGAAGUUCCAGAGGAAACAGUAAUUAACAUUUCAGAGGAAACAGUACCUGAAGUUCCCAAGGAAACAGUACCUGAAAUUCCAGAGGAAACAGUACCUGAAGUUCCAGAGGAAACAGUACCUGAAGUUCCAGAAGAAACCGUACCUGAAGUUCCUGAGGAAACAGUACCUGAAGUUUCCGAGGAAACAGUACCUGAAGCUCCAGAGGAAACACUACCUGAAGUUACCAAGGAAACCGUACCUGAGGUUCCCAAGGAUACAGUACCUAAAGUUCCUGAGGAACGAGUGCCUGAAAUUACUGAUGAAACAGUACAUGAAGUUCCCGAGGAAAUAGUACCUGAAGUUCCCGAGGAAACAGUACAUGAAGUUCCUGAGGAAAUAGUACCUGAAGUUCCUAAGGAAACAGUACCUGAAAUUCCCGAGGAAACAGUACAUGAAGUUCCUGGGGAAAUAGUACCUGAAGUUCCUGAGGAAAUAGUACCUGAAGUUCCCGUGGAAACAGUACAUGAAGUUCCCGAGGAAACAGUACAUGAAGUUCCUGAGGAAAUAGUACCUGAAGUUCCUGAGGAAAUAGUACCUGAAGUUCCCGAGGAAAUAGUACCUGAAGUUCCCGAGGAAACGGUACAUGAAGUUUCUGAGGAAAUAGUACCUGAAGUUCCUGAGGAAACAGUACCUGAAAUUCCAGAGGAAACAGUACAUGAAGUUCCUGAGGAAAAUGUACAUGAAGUUCCUGAGGAAAAUGUACCUGAAGUUCCCGAGGAAACAGUACCUGAAGUUCCCGAGGAAACAGUACAUGAAGUUCCCAAGGAAACAGUACCUGCAGUUCCCAAGGAAACAGUACCUGAAGUUCCCGAGGAAACAGUACCCGAAGUUCCCGAGGAAACAGUACCCGAAGUUCCAGAAGAAACAGUACAUGAAGUUCCCAAGGAAACAGUACCCGAAGUUCCCGAGGAAACAGUACCCGAAGUUCCAGAGGAAACGGUACCCAAAAUUUCACAGGAAACAGUACCUGAAGUUCCCGAGGAAACAGUACUCGAAGUUCCAGAGGAAACGGUACCUGAAGUUCCAGAGGAAACCGUACAUGAAGUUCCCGAGGAAAUAGUACCUGAAGUUCCCGGGGAAACAGUAGAUGAAGUUCCCCAGGAAAUAGUACCCGAAGUUCCAAAGGAAACCGUACAUGAAGUUCCUGAGGAAACAGUACCUGAAGUUCCCAAGGAAAAAGUACCCAAAGUUCCAGAGGAAACGGUACCCGAAGUUCCAGAGGAAACAGUAUCCGAAGUUUCAGAGGAAACAGUAAAUGAAGUUCCAGAGGAAACAGUAAAUGAAGUUCCUGAGGAAACAAUACCUGACAUUCCAGAGGAAAGAGUGCCUGAAGUUCCCGAGGAAACGGUACCCGAAGUUCCAGAGGAAAAAGUACCCAAAGUUCCAGAGGAAACGGUACCUGAAGUUCCAGAGGAAACAGUACCUGUAGUUCCAGAGGAAACAGUAACUGAAGUCCCAGAAGAAAAAGUACCUGAAGUUCCCAAAGACACAGUACCCGAAGUUCCAGAGGAAAAAGUACCCAAAAUUCCAGAGGAAACAGUAAAUGAAGUUCCUGAGGAAACAGUACCUGACAUUCCAGAGGAAAGAGUGCCUGAAGUUCCCGAGGAAACAGUACCCGAAGUUCCAGAGGAAAAAGUACCCAAAGUUCCCGAGGAAAUGGUACCUGACAUUCCAGAGGAAAGAGUACCUGAAGUUCCAGAGGAAAAAGUACCCAAAGUUCCAGAGGAAACGGUACCUGAAGUUCCAGAGGAAACAGUACCUGUAGUCCCAGAGGAAACAGUAAAUGAAGUUCCAGAGGAAACAGUAAAUGAAGUUCCCGAGGAAACAGUACCUGACAUUCCAGAGGAAAGAGUACUUGAAGUUCCAGAGGAAAAAGUACCCAAAGUUCCAGAGGAAACGGUACCUGUAGUUCCAGAGGAAACAGUAACUGAAGUCCCAGAGGAAACGGCACCUGAAGUUUCUGUGGAAACAGUACCUGAAGUUUCCGUGGAAAAAGUACCCAAAAUUCCAGAGGAAACAGUACCUGAAGUUCCUGAGAAAACAGUUCCCGAAGUUCCCGAGGAAACGGUACCUGAAGUUUUAAAAGAAACAGUACCUAAAGUUUUAGAGGAAACGUUACCUGAAGUUCCAAAGGAAACAGUACCUAAAGUUCCAGAGGAAACAGUACCUAAAGUUCCAGAGGAAACAGUACCUGAAAUUUCACAGGAAACGUUACCUGCAGUUCCAAAGGAAUCAUUACCUAAAGUUCCAAAGGAAUCAUUACCUAAAGUUCCAAAGGAAACAUUACCCAAAGUUCUAGAGGAAGCAGUACCAAAAGUUCCUGAGGAAACAAUACCUGAAGUUCCAGAGGAAACAGUACUUGAAGUUCCUGAGGAAAUAGUACCUGAAGUUUCAGAGGAAACGGAGGAACAAGAGUUAGUAGUUGAGAAUCCAAAGGAAGCAUCAGAACCAGGGGAAGGCGCAGAUCAUGUUUUGCCAGCCGGGAUUUCAGAGCCCAAAUCAGAAAAGGAAGUAGUAGUUGAUGUCCCAGAACAAGAAGGGGAAGGAGUUGAUGUCCCAGAACCAAAUCCAGAGGAAAGGAUAGUUACGAUUUUAGAACCAGAACCUGAGGAAGAUGUUACCGAGCCACCAGCCAUAUCAAUUGAAAUCCUUUACCCACUGGACAGCAUGGAAGAGCUUCACUUUGGAGAGGAUACUGUUCAGAUUAUUGAAGAUAACGAGUUCCUUCCACCAGUCAGACCGGACUGGCCACAUGAGGAAGAUAACUUUGUAUCAGUAGACAUCCAACCUCCUGAAGAAGAUGGAGGUGAACCCAAUCACGGAUAUCCCAUCAUCGAUGACCUUUACACGGAGACCAACACUGGCGCCAUCACACCGACUGAAACAUCAAAGAGUGAUCUGCAGUUUGAAACAACCUCUGAUAUUGCAGAGGUGACAGAUCCAGAAAACACAUCAGAGGGCACCGAAGUCACAGAAGACUCGCCGGAGGAGACGCGGCACAGUGAUUCAUCCCCAGAAAGAGACAUCAGUGUAACGGCAGCACCGGUUUCAGACUCCUUCCCUACUCCUCCGGCUUCUGUCGUCGUGUCUGAAGUGCCCAGCCCGACUAUAGACACUGGACUCUUUGAGGUAGCAGAGCAAUCUGUAAUCCCCUCUACUCCUGAGUCUGAGGAUGAUAGCUCAGAGGCAGAGUCGGAGCCGGCAGUCGUCAUUAUCGAUGAAGACUUGGAAGAGGCGGCGCCGAAAGGAGGCGAAAGCCAAAACGUCCCACCGGCAGCUACCGAAGACGUAAUUGACGAGGCUGUAAGGGACCUGGCGGUGGAGCUGGAUCAAACGGACGUAGCAGCAACAAAUGAGCUGCCGGACGACGGGAGUGGCUUCCCUUUCGUUGGUGAGGAACGCACCACUGUCAGCGUCACAGCCCCGCCUCCAGUGAGAUACCUGACCACGCCCACCAUGACCACGGCCAGCCACGGCAGGGAGCUGGUGGUGUUCUUCAGCCUGCGCGUCACCAACAUGGACUUCUCCGAGGGCCUCUUCAACAAGACGUCGUCCGAGUACAGAUCCCUGGAGAACAAAUUCUUAGAAGUGCUGAUGCCGUUCCUGCAGGCCAACCUGACGGGCUUCAAGAAGCUGGAGAUUCUGAACUUCAGGAAGGGCAGCGUGGUCGUCAACAGCAAGAUGCAGUUUGCCAAAUCGGUGCCGUACAACAUCACCGAGGCCGUCCACUGCGUCCUGGAGGAGUUCUGCUCCACCGCCUUCAACAACCUGCACAUCCAGAUCGACACCCACUCUCUGGACGUUGAACCAGCCGAUCAGGCCGACGCCUGUAAGUUCCUGGCCUGCGAUGAGUUUUCUCGCUGCGUGGUGAGCGGCCGGACGAAGGAGGCUCAGUGUCAGUGUGAGCCGGGCUUCCUGUCGGUGGACGGCCUGCCCUGCCAGAGUCUGUGCGUCCUGCAGCCCGACUACUGCCGAGGAGGAGACUGUCACAUCGUGCCCGGACACGGAGCCGUGUGCAGAUACAAAGACAGCGACUCCCUCCCAGGCCUGGCCAGUUAAGAAAAUAUAUCGGAUCGGAUGUCAUCUGAGAAUACUACAAAAGACUUGAUGAAACAGGACUCAGUAGCAGGAACGCGAGACUCGUCACGGCCUCACAGUUAAAACAAUCAACAAGGAUGCAGAGCUGAAGAGCUUUCAGGACAAACUGUACGCCUCCAAACUCUUCAGACCUCCGAGCUUCAUAUCGGAGGACUAUCUCUCCCUUCGGGGUGAACAGACAUUUCGGAUGUCCGUCGUCAUCUGCAGCCGCUCGCGGCGUGGCGACGACGCCGAGGAGCUCUGCAGCAUCGAUCGGGUGGAUAUCGAUCGACCCUGGACUGUUUUUUGUACACGGACUCUGUUUCUGUAGUAAAUAGGUUGUUUCAAAACACACAGGACUCAGUGAGAUCAUCUCAAAUCUGAAAACGGAGCCUCGCAUCAGGGAUCUCUUCACAUUCUCACCAUGUUCUUUUGUACAGUUCAAAUAGACAAAACAAUGUUUAAAUGUUAUAGUUGAAAAUACAAAUUGAGUUGAAUAAGA